AUGAGCAACUCAAACUACCAUUACAAGCAUCAGAAAGUCGAUUCAGGCGUCGCUGGUUCUUUUGCUAAACUUACCUUAUCUGGCGACUUGGGCGAGAUCGCUCGUUAUCAGCCAACACUAGGGAAGGAUUCGAGAUUGACGGCUCUUCCUAAUGAGCUCUUAUUGAAGAUUGCUGGAUACCUACGCGUCGACUUUCCUUGGAUGGAAAAAGAAGAGCGCUUCGACGGCCGAGAAAGGACCAUCUUCGUGACCGAUGCCGCCGACCUAGUCACUCUGUCGAGGACCUGUAAGAAGUUGCGUCCCGUCGCGCAAGAGGCACUCCUCCACACCAUAGUCCUUGGUGGCUUCGAUAGCGCAGGCUCGAUAGAGAGUCUCGUCCGACUCCUACUGCGUCGACCAGAGUUAGGAAAAGCGAUACGGCGGCUACGCAUGGGGCUUCCGCCACAUGAAAAACUGUAUUUCAAAAGCGAAAAAGCUGCAGAGGAUCAGAUCUGGUCUAGCAAGCCACUGGGACCCCCUCCGCCGCACCUUCUAGCAAAGGCUAAACACGUCAUCGACGAAACUCCGUUCACUAUCGCAGUGAAAAAUCACUGGAGAGUAGAGCUCAAAGUUAGCUUUGCACGGCCUUUGUGUGGCGUGCUGCUUGCCAUGGCUCCUAAUCUAGAGCACCUUUCCGUUUCGCACUCUCUUGGGGGAGAGUCUCCAGAUAGGGCCCUUAGGCAAAUGUUCGGGAUCCGCGAGGAUGAGGUUGAAGCAGACUUUUCGGCUCUACCGGCGCUCACUGGGUUACGCUAUGUCAACGAUGCAACACCAGCCAAUCGACGGCCACUCUCAUCCCUGAUAAUGGAACCUCAUGUCUAA